GUAUCCGCCACCUACCCCCACGGCCUGUCGACGGCGCCUCUAGGUACCAACGACCGAAGUCGAUCCGACGUCGCACCUGCGAACCUUCAUGAGGCCGUCACCGAAGACACCACCACAACCCUUUCACCUCGCCCGAGAACCAUGACCUCCAUACAGAGGCAUGAGCUCCAGGCUCUGGUCAAGCUGGUGAACAGCAACCAGCUUCUGAACCGCCAAUUAUCCCAAAUUUGUCAGCUCAACGGGCUCACUAGCAGCGGCGUUAAGGCGGCUCUGCAAAGUCGCAUCGUCAGUGGCAGCGAAGUUUGCUUCUCAGAACGACCAAAGGCUAACAUCUUUUGUCCGUCAGCUAUCGAAGAAGCCUUCAAGAACAGCGACGCGACUCGCUUCCAGCAAAUCCAACGAAGCAUCGAGACCACAAGGACCGGCUCCUCCGCUUCGCCCGCCUCUCAAAAGAGUGGACGUCCCGCCACAGCGACUCCGCCAGUGUCAAUGAUGCGGCAAGACCAAUACUGGGGGCGCAAUGCCCGCCCCAGCGGUGCGAAUGGCCCUGCGCUGCCCGGGUAUGGAUCAAGCGGACUCUCUUUCAAGAACAGUCCCUUCUACGAGAUCCAGUUCCGGGUCGGCGAUGUGCGCUCGUGCGAGGCUAUGAGCCAGCAUAGGAACAUGGUCUCGAUUCCAGUCAAAGUCAGCGAUAAUCUCAAUCUGAACAGAGUUCUCGAUGACAAGUCACUACGCAUCAUGGUCUUCUGCGCCGGAGAUAGCAAUGGCGUCCAGGAUAUCGCGUUUCCCCAUCAGUCGGAGAUCAAGGUCAACGGUAAUGAGGUCAAGGCGAAUCUCAGAGGCUUGAAGAACAAGCCAGGCUCGACAAGGCCAGUCGACAUUACGAGUUAUUUGCGUCUGAAAAAUGACAACAGAAAUCUCGUUGAGUUCACCUAUGCAUUGACUCAAAAGAAAUUCUAUCUUGUCCUGAACGUCUGCCGUAUCACCUCGGCGCAGGACCUGGCCGACAACAUCAAGAAGGGGCAGAAGAUCCCCAAAAACAAGGUGAUUGAGGAGAUCAGCAAGAAAGCGGCGGAUACAGAUAUCGUUACGACAUCUCAAGUCCUGUCUCUUAAGUGUCCUCUAUCCUACAUGCGUCUUGAUGUCCCGUGCCGCUCUGUCAACUGUUCGCACAUCCAAUGUUUCGACGCAACGUCGUACCUCCAAUUGCAAGAGCAGGGCCCUCAGUGGCUUUGCCCGAUUUGCAAUAAACCGGCGCCAUACGCACAGCUGGCCGUUGACGAGUACGUAAGAGACAUCCUAGCGAACACAUCAAAGUCCCUAGAUCAAGUCACCAUUGAACCAGACGGACAGUGGCGAGUGAACACAGGACAGGCCGAGAACAGGCCGACCAAUGGUGGAAGCGGCCUUGUUGACGAAGACGAUGAUGACGACGACGACGACUGGGGUAUCGUGGAGGUCAACCCAGUUCGCAGUCGAAACUUCGAAACUCCCAACCGGUCAGUCGCCAGCACGGCAACUCCGACGACAACGACGAUGAUGAGCCAGCCGCACCGCCUCCGAAGCGGCAACAACUACAGGGGCCGGGAUCGAGUAACUACAACAGCAAUGGUUACAGUAGCAGCAUGUUUUGAGGAGGCCACCCCGGCAAUCUCUAUCAACGAGCUGCGAGAUAUGGAGCAUGAGGUUAGCCGCCUCAAUCAGCACGUACAUACUUCCCUACCUAACGAAGGCGGAUUUGUGGCUCAUUUGUCUACUGUAAUCCCUGUCGAAUCGGAAUUGGAGCUCUGGUGGGUGGACCCUGAAGAGCUUAGAGGCCAGCUCCACGGCGUUCCAUGUCAAAUCAGCGCCAUUGCAUCAACGUCAUCUCUGAUUCCACGCCGAACUGACUCUUACGAACUUCGCUGCCUAGUCUCCAUUGCCUUGGAUCAACACCAAGCUUGCAUCGCAAUCGAGCCCCACACAGACAAACGAACCAUACUCGAGAGAGCCAAUAACCGCGCGAAACCCUCCUCGACGAAGCCAGGAACCAUAGCGACUAUUCUUCCACGCCCAUACCACAAUCAGCUUCCCAGCCAGCAAGAAGCCAUGUCCUUCGAAAGCGUCAUGCCGCCGUACAACGCCACGGACCCGUCGGCCUCCUUCCUUAACUCCUCCUGUCUCGACUUCCUCCUCAUCGAGCUCGUGCCCAUGGCCUUUCGCGUGACGAGAGACCUCGAAGCCGCGCCGACUGAUGCGAAUAGUGCCGGUGGGGGCGCUGCCGCUGCAGGAGGAGGUGCUUCAGCUGACGCGCUGUCGACGGUGAGCCACAGUCAGGGCGGGGGGGCCGACGGAGGUGCUGCGCCGUCGAGCGCGGACGGGGCUGCGGGCGGGAGCACAGUCAGGAAGCUGGAUGAGGACGAGGAGCGGGAUGCGGUGUUUUAUCGGCUUGAGACGCUGGGAUAUCGUGUUGGGCAGGGGCUUGUUGAGAGAUUCUCGAGAGACCGGCCACGAUUCAACGAUACGCUCGACGUCAUCAAGUUUGUCUGCAAGGAUCUUUGGUCGCUUGUGUUUAGAAAACAGAUUGACAACCUCAAGACAAAUCACAGGGGCGUUUACGUACUGACAGACAACUCGUUCAAACCUUUCUCGAGAAUGAGUACAGAAGCUGGCGGACAGGCGGUUGUUCGGGCACAGCCAUUCCUCUGGUUCCCGUGCGGGAUUGUGCGCGGAGCGCUAGCGGCGUUAGGUAUCAACGCAACCGUCCAAGCCGAGACCAACGAGCUACCGGCAGCUAUUUUCCAAAUCAAGACCCUGCCGUCAAGCACAUAA